GUGACACACUUGAGCUGGAUACAAACCAGAGCUGACUGAGAGUCUCCAGUUAGUGUUCAUCACAUCAGUGGACAAGACACGUUUGAUUUCUGUCAGGCUGUAGGGCAAUCAGUCACUCGGGAUGACGCACCAGUCCCCCACACUCUCCGAGGCGCAGAAGAGGGAGCUACAUGAGACUGCUCUACGCAUAGUUUCUCCGGGGAAGGGCAUCCUGGCUGCAGAUGAAUCUGUGGGCAGCAUGGCUAAGCGCCUGGCCCAGGUCGGGGUGGAGAACACAGAGGAGAACCGCAGACAGUACCGGCAGAUUCUCUUCAGUGCAGACGAUCGCAUCAACGGCUGCAUUGGAGGGGUCAUCUUCUUCCAUGAGACGCUGUACCAGCACUCUGAUAACAGCGUUCCCUUUGUCAAAAUGAUCAGGGAAAGGGGCAUCAUGGUCGGCAUCAAGGUUGACAAGGGUGUCGUCCCCCUGGCAGGAACUUGCGGAGAAACCACCACACAGGGUCAGACAACAAAAUACUAUGGUUUGCUGCUGAUAUCACUCACAAGCCCCCAGAGGAAUGCAUAUUACAAGACAAACUAUCACUCCAUUGUAAACCUCACAGGUCUGGAUGGAUUGUCAGAGCGCUGUGCGCAGUACAAAAAGGAUGGAGCUGUCUUUGCAAAGUGCCGCUGUGUGCUUAAAAUCAGUGACGCCAAUCCGUCUCAACUGGCUAUCGCAGAAAAUGCAAAUGUUCUUGCGCGCUACUCCAGCAUCUGCCAGCAGCACGGCAUUGUGCCCAUCAUAGAGCCGGAGAUUUUGCCUGAUGGAGAUCAUGACCUGAAACGCAGCCAGUACAUCACUGAGAAGGUCCUGACUGCGGUGUACAAGGCCAUGUCGGACCACCAUGUGUACCUGGAAGGCACUCUCCUCAAACCCAACAUGGUCACGGCUGGACACAGCUGCUCCACCAAGUACAGCCCAGAGGAGGUUGCGAUGGCAACUGUCACCGCCUUGCGCCGCACUGUCCCCCCAGCGGUCACAGGAGUGGCUUUUCUCUCGGGCGGUCAGAGUGAAGAAGAAGCCUCUGUCCACCUCAAUGCCAUCAACAACUGCCCUCUGGCCAAACCCUGGAUCCUAACGUUCUCCUUCGGCCGAGCCCUGCAGGCGUCUGCACUCAGAGCCUGGAGAGGACACAAAGAGAACGAGAAAGCCGCCACUGAGCAGUUCAUCAAGAGAGCAGAGGCGAACAGUCUGGCAUGUCAGGGGAAGUACACCGGUGGUGAUAACUAUGGCGAGUCUGGCCAGCGCAGCUAUGGCUCCUGUCAUGCAUACUGAGUAUUUUGAGAAGCCAUGUUUCCAUAAGCAUUGUGUCGUCUUCCAGCACCAUAACAAAGAGGAACUGUGAUGUAGCUAAUUAGGUUAUUUCAGGCCUCUCAUGAUGAUGUUACAUAAAAAACAAGUGACAGCGUGUUUUCUUGUCUUGACAAAUGAGGACAAUCAGUGCAUGGCCUUGGAUAUAUUUCUAAUGCAUGUAUUCGGGAUGUUUGCUUUGCUGUUGUUAUGGAUGUACAUGCUCUUCUGACAGUGCCAUUGCUAAAGCUUUAAAAUCUCGCAUUUAUUACUUAGUAUCAUAAAUACUGUCGAGCCAUUUGCUGUUAGUAAAUUGGAUAUUGGCUGCUGAGCAAUGAUGUUAGUUUGUAUUAAAAAUAGUGAAAAUUACUGAAUUUCUGACGUACAAUUUCCCAGUGACGUGGAAAUAUCUUCAAGAUGUGCAAAACGUCUCUGUCUACCAUGUGUAUGUACUUUAACUCUGUUAGUGACGAUGCACAAUUAGAAUUAUUGCACCCGAACUAAUUGCAAGCUAAUGUGUCUCUGCAGUGCGCAGGUAGAAAGUAUCCACAUAGCAGAGAUCUAUAACACAAUGUGAUUUUAUUGCAUGUUGUCAUUCUGAAUUGUUCUAAUAGUCUGAUGAACAUAGUUCAAAUGUAAGCAUUCGAGCAAUAAAACAGUGUUCAGGUUCA